AUGAAGGCCAAGAAACUACCGGAAAGCUUUAAUGAAGCUAAGCUUAUCUCCUUCAGCAUGCUGGUCUUCUGCAACGUGUGGGUCUCCUUCAUGCCCACCUACCUGAGGACGAAAGGGAAGGCUAUGGUAGCUGUGGAGGUCUUCUUCAUCUUGGCCUCUGGUGCUGGUCUCCUGGGUACACUGAAGAUCAACUGCCUCUUGAUCAGACCCUUUGAGCUCCAAGAAGCAUAUUACAGUCCAGGAGACCUCCUGGUUGGUGGGAUUUUGCCCCACUUCAAGACUACAGUUACACGUCCAUCCUUUGAAAAACCUCCCCGAAACAUCCAUGCUUUACGUCCAGUGGCCAAAAACUAUCAACAAAUCCUGGCCCUCGUAUUUGCCAUUAAUGAGAUCAACAAGGAUCUGGCACUCCUCCCCAACAUCACGCUGGGCUUCCGCAUCUUUGAGGACACCUACUUUGCAAGAAUGACCUACCAGGCAGGCCUGUCCUUUCUGUCCGGGGAUCAACUGGUCCCUAACUACAGAUGCAGCAGACAGGAGAAGCUGCUCUCUGUGAUUGGAAGUCUCUACUCCAGAAUCUCAAUGCAGAUGGCCUCCCUCUUGGCCCUCUACAAGAUCCCACAGAUCCUUCCCUCUUUGAGGAGCACCCAAUUCAACAACAGUGCUGGUGAGGAAGUGUUUUUCAUUGGAAAUGACAAGGGAUCAGCUGGCUAUGAUAUCCUGAACCUGGCUUUCUUCCCAAAUAAAUCUUCAGCUCAAAUGAAAGUUGGAAGGGUGGAUCCUUGGGCCUCCCCAGGCAAAGAUUUCACCAUUAAUGCAGAUGCAAUUAUUUGGGCUACCCAGAAGCUGCCCUCUUCCAGGUGUGUGGAGAGCUGCCUACCAGGAUACAACAUAAAAGUUGUCGAACAAGAGCCACCUUGUUGUUAUGAAUGUAAACUUUGUCCAGAAGGGAUGAUUUCAAACCAUACAGAUGCUGGCCAUUGUUUCCCAUGUUCAGAAGAUCAAUAUCCAAACAAGAAUAAAGACCAAUGUAUCUCCAAGAACAUAAGUUUUCUUUCCUAUCAAGAGACAUUGGGGAUGGUGUUGGCUAUUCUUGCUUUUUUGCUAUCUCUAAUCACAGCCCUAGUCCUGGCAACUGUCAUUAAAUAUCGAGACACACCAAUCGUCAAAGCCAACAACAGAGAACUCACCUAUGUCCUCCUCAGCUCCCUCCUGCUCUGCUUCCUCUCCUCCUUCCUAUUCAUUGGUCGACCUUCGAGGGUCACCUGUCUUCUGAGACAAAUUGCUUUUACUGUAAUAUUUUCUGUUGCCAUUUCCUCCAUUUUGGCAAAAACAAUCAUGGUGGUUGUGGCCUUUAUGGCCACUAAGCCAGGAAACAGGGCCAGGGAAAUGUUGGGGAGACAAGGAGUGAACUCCAUUUUACUGGCCUGUCCCCUCCUCCAAGUUAUCACCUCUGCCAUUUGGCUAGGAACCUCUCCCCCAUUCCCCAACUUGGACUUCCAUUCUUUGUCCAAGGAGAUCGUAGUGGAAUGUAAUGAGGGGUCUGUCAUCAUGUUUUACACAGCCCUGGGAUACAUGGGAUUUCUGGCCCUGGUCAGCUUUGUGGUGGCUUUCCUAGCCAGAAAACUCCCUGACAGCUUUAAUGAAGCCAAGUUUAUCACCUUCAGCAUGCUGGUCUUCUGCAGUGUGUGGGUCUCCUUCGUGCCCACCUACCUGAGCACGAAAGGGAAGGCUAUGGUGGCCGUGGAGGUCUUCUCCAUUUUGGCCUCUGGUUCUGGUCUCCUGGGCUGCAUCUUCCUUCCCAAAUGCUACAUUAUUUUCCUGAGGCCUGAUCUCAACAGCAGAGAUCACCUCCUAAGGAACAAGAAAAAUACAGGAACCUAA